GUACCCAAGAAACCGCGUGUAUCCCAUACAAAAUCUACCAAAACAGCGUCGUAUCUUCAUCGAUAACCUUCAGAGCGCGCUCUCUCUCUCCUUUCUUUCUUCAUCGUCCCGAACUAACUAAUCUCUUCCACCGACGCUCUCAACAACGGCGAUCUAUCGACGGUUCUUGAGUGCUAAGCCUAAUGGGCUUAAAACAUAGAAAUAGAAAGUAAGAUUAGCCCCAACUGAACACACAAAAUUGAUCAAAUAUGGAGAACUCAGCCUUGGCGGCGGCAGCAGGAGGAGGUGGCGGUGGAGUCGUCAACGGUAUGAUUAUCCCUCAAAAUCAAAGUGGGGAUGGUUCAACAGCAACAGUAACGGAUUUGGAUCCGAAGCAAAACCUGAACCAAGUAAUAAACUCCAUACAGAAGACGCUGGGACUCCUCCACCAGCUCUACCUCACUGUCUCUUCCUUCAACGUAGCCUCUCAACUCCCCCUCCUCCAACGCCUGAAUUCUCUUGUUAUGGAGCUGGAUAACAUGAUGAAAUUGUCGGAAAAGUGCAACAUCCAGGUCCCCAUGGAGGUCCUCAAUUUAAUUGAUGAUGGAAAGAAUCCCGAUGAAUUCACAAGGGAUGUUAUAAAUAGCUGCAUUGCCAAAAAUCAGAUCACCAAAGGCAAAACGGAUACCUUCAAGGGUUUUCGCAGGCAUCUCCUAGAGGAACUUGAACAGGCAUUCCCUGAUGAAGUGGACGGUUACAGAGAGAUACGCGCGGCUUCUGCUGCUGAAUCGAAACGGCUUGCACAAGCACAAAGCAUAUUACCAAAUGGAGAUGUGAAGAUCAAGCCCGAGCUUUAAGAACCUAGGUCAUUGACAAAUCAGGAUAAUUUAGCCUAUUUAUGUAUUACAAUCUCUGUUGGUUAGAUUAACUCUGAUCCUAUUUGGCUGAUUUUGUAGGUUGAAUUUCUUUAGUGCAUGCCGAAUAUGUUAUAAUGGUGUGACUUCUUGUAACUUUAGAGUAGUUCAUUCUCUAUGAACUGUCAGAAUGAUGUAUAAACUCUCAGAAUGAAAUGUCAAUCUAUUUCAGCAUUCAAUUUAAAAUUA